AUGUAUCGAAUCAAGAAGAAAAUCAGAACGAACUUGCAAUCCAAAGUAAGAGAAAAGUUGAACAUUGAAUUCAAUUUGAAUCGUUCUCAUUCCUUCCCAGAGAGAAAGAAAGCUCAACAAGAGCUAUUUAAGCUAAACUUCUUGUUUCCAACCACUACAAUAGGAUCAUUCCCUCAAACCGAUGAAAUUCGUUCCAUUCGUCGCAAAUUUAAGAAUGGUACUGUUUCAGAAGAAGAUUAUCAUUUAUUCCUUAAAAAGGAAAUUGAAAAGGUCAUUCGAUUGCAAGAAGAAAUUGGACUCGAUGUACUCGUUCAUGGAGAACCUGAAAGAAACGACAUGGUCGAAUAUUUUGGAGAACAAUUGAGAGGCUAUGAUUCAACACAAAAUGGCUGGGUCCAAAGUUUUGGAACUCGUUGUGUGAAACCUCCAUUACUUUAUGGAGAUAUUUCGAGAGAGACACCAAUGACAGUUUUUUGGUCAUCCUAUGCUCAAUCCUUAACUCAGAAACCAGUGAAGGGAAUGUUGACUGGACCAGUUACCAUGUUGAAUUGGAGUUUUGUAAGAGAUGACCAACCAAGAAGCGUCACUUGUCAACAACUUGCCAUUGCUCUCAGAGAAGAAGUUCAGGAUCUUGAAAAUGCAGGAAUCAAAAUCAUUCAAAUCGAUGAACCAGCUCUACGUGAAGGAUUACCUAUUCGUAAACAUGAUUGGAAUGAAUAUUUGAAAUGGGCUGUCAAUUGUUUCAAGCUCAGCACUUCAUGUGUCAACAUUGACACUCAAAUUCACACUCACAUGUGUUACUCUGAAUUUAAUGACAUUAUCCAAUCCAUCUCUGAUUUAGAUGCAGACGUUAUUAGUAUUGAAACGUCCAGAAGCAAUAUGGAACUUUUACAAGCAUUUGAAAAAUUCAAUUAUCCCAAUGACAUUGCUCCAGGAGUUUAUGACAUUCACUCUCCAAAUAUUCCAGACAAGGAAUGGAUGAUUGAACUCAUCAAGAAGGCCAUUGUGUACAUUCCAAAAGAAAAUUUAUGGAUAAAUCCUGAUUGUGGACUCAAAACUCGUGGUUACACUGAAGUGAAACAAGCAUUGCAAUUGAUGGUUCAAGCAGCUCAGUAUUUGAGACAAGAAUAUUCUCAAGAAUAA